AAAAGCAGGUGCCCGUUUUCACAACGAGGCUUUGACGCUUGAUAUAAUGCAGUUAUUAUCUCAGAUUGUUUGUAUUUGAAGUAUUUGACAGUUAUAUGCAAUUUUUUACCGUUAGUAUGAAUAAGUGUGUUUGAACUUUGAAACAGGACCUCAGCAUAUACCUCACAUAUUCGCAUCCUUUCGGAGAAGCCAAAAUUUCCCGCCUUAUUUCAUCUUACACUGAGGCGGAAUGGCGGACGCUAGCGACGGACAUGUGCAAGGAGAUGAGACGAUUUCAAGUCCAGCACAUGAUGAGAAAGAGGUUAGCCCAGUAAAUAUUGAUGAACCAUCUGAAGUCAUGGAACUUAACAAUGGUACAGGGAAUGGGCCUACGACUCCAGCAGAACCAAUGGAGGCAGACAGCGCUGAAGCCAGCCCAGCCAUAGCAGAUGAGGAACAGGAGCCGCCUGGGAGUCCAGGAUCUCCCCGCGUAGCCACGCCAAGAGAGGAGGAUAUGGAGGCUGAAGGUGAUCUGAGUGAAGCCCAAAAUGAAAAUGAAGAAGGUGGAGACAGAACCUCUGACAAAGUACUGGAUGAAGCGGAGGAGCAGGACAAUUUGAACGGAACUGAAGAUCCUAAAGCCUCUGCAGAAGAAGAAGAUGAAGUGGUUCAGAUUGAGGUCCCUGAGAAGCGAGCACAAGAGGAAUCAAAAGAAGAUGCAGAACCAGCUGAUGAUGACCUCAGUCAACAAGAUGAGGACCGUCUGCUGGGAGAUGACGAUGAUGACCAGAAAGGAGAAGAUGCAGAGAUUCUGUCAGAAGGUGAAGGAGGCGGAGUGAUCACUGAAAAGGGUCCAAAGACUCCUGCUACCCCUCUUCAGGAUGAGAUGAAAGAGACUUCUGCAGAUGCUCCCGACUUAGAAGCAGAAGCUCCUGAACUGGAAGAAGAAGCUCCUAUCCUUGAACCAGAAGAACCAACAGAUCAGAAUGCUACCUCAGCAGAGAAUUCCCAGGAUGCAGAUGAGAAUUCAGAACCGGAGUCUGAUGCAAAUAGAGGAGGUAAGGGGUUAGGAACAACAGAGGCUAUGGAGGUAGAUGAUGCCAGCAAUACAGAGACUGACAAGGGGGGACUGGAAACAAUAUCGGAGGAGGCAGAAGAGACUAAUGAAGAUUCUAGGGACAUGGUAGACCAAGAGACUAGUAACCAGUCAGGUUCUGAAGCAGCUGAUAAAGUUGGAAGUGAAAAGUCACCGGAACCACCUGUGUUAGAUCCAGAGACCUCCAUUGAUUCUGGGAAAAAGGGAGAUAGUGACAUCGAGAUUGUUGAUGGCACGGAUUCUACAAAAGAAGGCAACACAGACAAAGAUGGACAGAAGACAGACUCCAAAGAUGAUGAAGACGAGAGCAAAGGUGAAAAGUCUGCAGAUGCAUCUAAGAUGGGCAAGAAAAACAUGGAAGAUGACGAUGAUGACGUGAUGGUGAUUGAAGAUGAGAAAACAGAACCCGAGGCUAUUGUAUUGGAUGAUGAUGAGGAUGAGGGUGGUGUUGCAGAGAAGUCCAAGGGUAAAGGGAAAGACAGUUCAUCCUUGGCCACCAUGGACUCCUCUAAUGAUAUGGGAUUGCAGAUAUCCUCUGUGACGAGUGGAGCAGACGUCAGCGGCCUCCACAUUGCAUCAGUCUCGGGAGGCGGGGAGCCACAGGACAAGGAAAGUGCUGCUAAGACUAGUGCUAAGGAAGGUCAGAAGACAGCUCCAGACUCCAUGAAGACCAGGAUAAAACAGGAGCGGACAACUCCUCCCCCUGCAGCAUCAGGGAGCCCUGCGGCAGGGAAGACGUCAGUUGCAGCGGCCACGCCUAGCUCAGGCGGGAAGAAGUCAAAGAUGCAGUCCUGUAUCGUGUGUGGCAAGGUUGGUCGAUGCAAGUACAACAUCGUCCGUAACGGAGACAUCAAACAUCUGUGCGACGACACCUGUUUCCGCAAGUUCCGGGCAAACCCAACAAUGUUCUUGAAGAACACGUCCUCCACCCAACAGAAGUCCCCUGGCCAACCGACAACAAGGUCUCAAACAGGCUCCUUGAAACAAACUGCCAAAUCUUCCAACAGCCAAUCAGAAUACAAGACCUGCACAGUGUGUCAGCUGAUGAACAUCAACACCCAGAAACCGUUUGUACAAUGGAUGAAUGUUGACUUCUGCAGCAAGGUCUGUUUGGCCAAGUACCAGAGUAACCUCAACUCUUCCUGUUCUUACUGCACAUCUUUUGUGGCACCUGAGUUCCGGCCUCUCUUCUGCCUACAGGUCGGCACCGAUUUUAAAACGUUCUGUUCGGCAAAGUGUAGCAAUGAGUACAAGAAGAGACUGCGUCUGUGUGCAUUUUGCCAAAAGGAUCUAGCCACUGUCAGUGAUUCAUUUUGUGCACCGGUUGAUGCAAACAAGUUCCUUGACUUCUGCAGUAAAAAUUGUUUGAAGAAAUAUGAGGAAAAAACUAGUGAUGUUGAGAUAAUCGGUGUGGAGAGCACGGGUAAGAAGGGUGGUGGGCAAUCCAAUAGAUGUGCUGUGUGUGCCAAGGGUGGGCAGAUGAAGCAUAACAUCAAACUAAAUGGUGUGAUGAACCGGCUGUGUAGUGAUCCCUGUUUGUCAGCCUUCCAGUAUGCCAACAAGCUUGCAAUGAACACAUGUGACAACUGUGGGGGCCUCUGUCCAACGGAAGAUGUCGUCUCCCAUUUCAUCCAGUUCGAGGGCCAACAGAAGCGAUUUUGUAAAGAUGCUUGUGUGAACUUUUUCCGGUCUAAACACAAAAAGAUCGUCGCGUGUGGAUGGUGUGGGACUAAGAAAGUGAACUUUGACAUGAUCGAACGUGUUGAUUCCAACAAUAAGUAUCAGUUGUUCUGCUCUCUCAACUGCCUGUCCCUGUAUCGAGUGAACCUGCAAGCUAAGUCGAACCAAGCGGUGACGUGUGACCACUGUCACAAGUACGUCCCGGCCCAGUACCACCUGACCAUGAGCGACGCCUCGGUGCGCAACUUCUGUUCUUAUAACUGUGUCAUGUCCUUCCAGUCACAGUUCAGUGCCAAUUCGAAGAAUUCCUCACAGCCAACCAUUCAUUCCCAGCAGAGGGUUCAACUACAAAACAAGCCUAAUACACGAGCCUCCAGCAGUAAUGCUACGUCCCCGGGACAAGGCCAGUCCAACUCCUUCCCUGUCAUCUCCAAUGUUGUGUCCCUUGCACCACAAGGUGCCAAAGGAAAGCUGAUGUUGUCGGGGCAGAAGCAGCAGACAGUCAACAUCAAGUCCAACACACCAGUGCCGGUAGUGGUCAGUCAAGCUGGAAAGCAAAGUGUGUCGACAGCAACCCAGCAGCAGAUCAUCAUCCAGCCGCCGCCACCCAAACAAAUGAAGAACAAGUCGCUGCUGUGUAAACCCUUUGUCCAGACCAAAGCCACUUCCUGCCGCCCGCACACCCUCAACAAGGAGGUGCAGACAGAGGAGCACCAAGGCAAGCCGGUACUGAUACCAGUGCCUGUACCGGUGUAUGUCCCCUGCCCAAUGGCGAUGUAUGCAGCCCCGACGCCACAGAUGGUGCCUGUCCCUAUCCCAAUACCAGUCCCAAUAUUUAUACCUACAGCCAAGAAAACAGCCGAGAAGAUCCUCAAGCUCAUCAAAGAGAUUCGUGAGAAGAUUCCAUCUGACCCACUGGAAGCGGAGUUAUUGAUGAUGGCAGAAGCUGUUGCUGGGGGAGGCGGCGACUCCGACAGCGAUACAGAUAAAAGUGAUGCAGACCCAUUCCCUGCAAUUACUAAUGACAAAGAUGAUGGUGAUGAUGUGGCGCCAUUGAUAGAUCGUGGAGCACCAGGGGGUGGGGAGGAGGACCUGGUACAGAUGGCGCUGCGCAUGGCCGAGGAGAUCACUGGACCUGUCCUUGACCUCGAGACAAGUGUUGAACCCGUCGCAGUAAAUACAGAUCCGCCGCCAGUUCCUGCCAACCCUGAUACAAUCAGAAUGAUUGAUGAGGAAGAUGAUGACUAUCUCCCCCCUCGAGAAACACGAUCACGCAGAGGGAAGCGGGGAUCCAGAGGACGAGGAGGUCGCCAGUCUAAAAGAGCCCGAGUUGAAAUUCCAGAACCGGAACCACCAAGUGAGCCGUCUCCCCCACCUCUGGCACCCUCCCUUCCUCCUCCAGAUGCCAACAUGCACCUCAAAUACACGUACGGUGUCAACGCCUGGCGCCACUGGGUCGUCCACAAGAACACGCUGCUGGAGAAGGUGUCCAAGAGAGGUUCUGGUAAACUGAAGCUGUUCAAGACUGACCUGCUUCAGUGUACAGCGGAUGAGCUCAACUAUUCGCUGUGUUUGUUUGUCAAGGAAGUGAGAAAGCCAAACGGAGAGGAGUAUUCUCCCGACAGUAUUUACUACCUCUGUCUCGGUAUUCAGCAAUACUUGUAUGAGAACAGCCGUAUUGACAACAUCUUCACUGACCUGUACUAUGAGAAGUUCACAGAAUGUCUCAACGAUGUGUUGGCUAAAUAUGAGCCUAAAGUAAACGCCACAGGUCAGAUGCUGUGUCGUAUAGAGGAAGAGCACAUCUGGGAGUGUAAACAGCUGGGAGCCCACUCCCCCUACGUUCUCCUCAACACCCUCAUAUACUUCAACACCAAACACUUCAUGCUGAAGACAACUGACGAGCACAUGAAGCUCUCAUUCGCUCACAUACUGAAGCACUGGAAGAAGGGCGGUCCAGGGUCGAAGGUUGUCACAGGUCAAGGUCGCAGUGUCUCUUUGCGGUACUACUGCCUUAACCCGGGAAAUGGCCAGAGCACCCCAAACAAGAAGCCCAAGGAGGGCAUACCUGUCUAUGAGACGUCUGAGAACUUGGAGAACCCGCUAAGAUGUCCAGUCAAACUCUAUGAGUUUUACCUCUCCAAGUGCUCCAGCCCGGAGAGUAUUAAGAACAGGAAUGACAUGUUCUACCUUGUCCCUGAGCGGAGCUGUGUUCCGGACAGUCCUGUCUGGUACUCCACACAGUCCAUCUCCACAGAGUCCAUGAGCAAGAUGCUCAAUAGAAUACUCCUUGUGAGAGAAAUACAGGAGGCACAUAUACAUGCCCAGCCCAUAUAUGUCUAAACACCAUUAGGAUCGUCCUACACUCAUAUUCUCCAUGAAUAACCCACAGGAACUAUACUCUGGGAACAUCCUUCUGUAAUAUACUCUGGGAACAUCAUUAAGUAACAAUCUCUGGACACAUCCUUCAAUAAUAUUCUCCAAGAACAAUCCUGCUGAAAGUCCUUCAGUAAUAUUCUCCAGGAACAUCAUUCAAUAAUAUUCUCCAGGAACUAUACUCUUUGAACAUCUGUGAACAUCCUUCUGUAAUAUUCUCCAAGAACAUCCUUCUGUAAUAUUCUCCAAGAACAUCCUUCUGUAAUAUUCUCCAAGAACAUCCUUCUGUAAUAUUCUCCAAGAACAUCCUUUAGUAACAUUCUCUGGAAACAUCCUUCUGUAAUAUUCUCCAGGAACAUUACUCUGUGAACAUCCUUCAGUAAUAUUCUCCAGUAAUAUUCUCCAAGAACAAUCCACUGGGAACAUCCUUUAGUAAUAUUCUCCAGGAACAAUCCACUGGGAACAUCCUUUAGUGAUAUUCUCCAGGAUCAAUCCACUGGGAACAUCCUUUAGUAAUAUUCUCCAGGAACAAUCUACUGGGAACAUCCUUAAGUAAUAUUCUCCAGGAACAAUCCACUGGGAACAUUCUACAGUACUAUUUUCAAGGAUCCUUCAUGGCAUCAUUGGCUUUAAUACCAUCAUCUUUCAAAUAGUACCAUAGUCCAGAUCAUUUAGUGAAAUCUAUUUUCAUAAGGAAUUGGUCGCUGUGAGUUUAUUGUGAUUAAUUGUCCCGGACAAGAACUAGAGUUCCACGUGCAUCUACACUUCAAGCCAAAUUUUAUCAUCCCUGGUAAAAGGUGGUUAAACUGAUCUUGCUUUGUGUGCCCGUCAUGUUAUGACUCCAAGCUUGCUUGACGAUAUAUGUGAGCGACUACUGGUCACCUGCACAUCUUUCACCUGGCGGGCUCUUUUGGACAAUUGUGUUGCAUUAAAGAUGAAUGACUGAUGGCUUUAGUUCAUUUACUCAGCCAUGUUAGUUGUUACCUUAGGACACAUGUAUCAAUGCAGAGCUGCAGACAAGCUGCUUAUUUGCGGAAAAUAACCCCCCCAAACACACACACACUCCAAACAACAAACAAUUACUUUCAAUUAACUUGCGUACAGAAACGCAUGCAUUAAAUGAAAAACUCAAAUGUAUAAAAACAGCUUGUGUAAAUACCCAAUGAAGCUUUUUAAGCAUGUAUACAAUGGAGCUAAUUUCUGAAACACAAUUACGAGCUAAUUUUUUAACUUUCUGCUGAUUCAAGCCUAAAGCAGCUGGAAAAGAAUUAAAUUAAGCAUAACAGUAUUUAUUUUUAUUAUGUCUCCCGCUAGUAAUAUAAAAUACAAUAUAAAAUGUUGUAUAGAAAUUCCAUGUCUGCAUCAUUGUCAGUAAUUCAAGAAGCCAGCUGCUGUUUUAACUCCACGACAAAAUGACUUUCAAAUACAGUGGUCCCUCGACUUAACGCUCCUCGAUGUACCGCUACUCCGGAUGCACCGCAGGGUAAACCAUGGCUCCCAAUAAUGCAUGAAGAAUUUUCCCUAAAAGCGCGUUAAAUGAUUGACGUUGCCCCAAAACAUUUGUGACAUCCUCCUAAGGUUGCUGAUGUCCCUUUUUGGAAGAACAAGGGGGCCCUAAGUCCCUUCUAAGUAUUGUUUUGCUGGUGUCCAAGUUUAGCUGUUGAGGUUGUCGUGGUUACAGGUAUUUCAGAAAAGUACGCCAGGAACCUUCCUCUAACACAGAUGUGCUCCGACUGCACAACGCAUACGGCACUUGUCAGGAGUCUACUUUCACAACAAAAGGAUCAAUCAGAUUUACUGUCAUGUAUUAUGAGUAUUCUGAUUAGAUCUCAUCAUGUAGUUUAUGCAGCAAGUUCUGAAGUACUGCCGUUAUUGAAUUUAUUGGGGUUUGGCAUUCAAGAAGUCUACUCUGCACAAAUAUGGACAGAAAUUGGUUUGGUGAAUUGUGAAAAUAGACUCGUCCUGACUUCAGCAUCGUUGUAAUUUCUGUUUUCAUUUUGGGGAGGGUACGUUUGUGUAUACAGAUAGGUGAGACAACGAGCCCAACAGCCCAAGUUUGGAAGCACAAGAGACCCGAGGAUUCAUGCUCUGAAGCUUGGUGCAGCACUGGUUCAGACAGUAGACAUGGCACGGGUGGCCCAGUCUAAGGCGCCGCGAUUCGCUGUGCAGAGUUGCGUCCCUUGGGCACACCAGAAACCUAUGAUUGUGGGUUCGAAUCCCAGUUCACCCCGAUUAUGUUUCUAGGUUUGU